AUGGCGGGCGGCGAAUCCCCAACCACGGAUGGGCAGCCUCCCACGAGCCAGAGUCGUUCCGAAUUGACCGUUCACUCAUACGGGCUUGGACUACGCUGGACCGAUCCUCCUGCGCACCACGAAGGGUCGAGGUCACAGGGCCUACAAGGCCAUUGUGGCAGUCUUUCGUUCCAGCGCUUCGUGUCCCGCAGAGGAUUGUGCUUGCACCUGUACGGUGAUUGCGGGACUAACUUCGUGGGCGCGGAUCGACAGCUGCGCGGUCUUUUGGGAAUGGCGAGCGAGAGUAGCAGGAGUAUCGUAGGAAAGCUAGCGGAGGAGGGUGUGGAGUGGCACUUCAACCCUCCAGCUGCCCCUCACUUUGGGGGUCUCUGGGAAGCUGCGGUCAAGGCCUUCAAACACCAUCUGCGCCGAGUCAUCGGCGAGUCAACACUGACUUACGAGGAGAUGGCUACAUUUUUGGCCGAAGUGGAGACGUGUCUCAAUUCUCGACCGUUGCAGGCGCUUUCAGACGACGCCGACGAAUUGGAUGUGUUGACACCGUGCCAUUUUCUCGUUGGCGCUCCGUUGAAGGCUAUCCCCGAACCGGUAUUGACGGGGAUUCCCCCCAGUAAGUUGACACGCUGGAAGCUACUCCAGCAAAUGAGGGAUCAUCUUUGGCAGCGAUGGUCGCAGGAAUACCUCCAGGCGCUGACCCCUCGACCAAGGUGGUGGCGUGCAGAGGGUGGCCUGAAGGAGGGUCAGCUUUACCUGCUGAAGCAGGAAACAACGCCACCGACGCGGUGGCCCUUGGUGCAUGUCACGCGUCUCCACCCGGGUGAUGAUGGCGAGGUGCGGGUCGUGUUCGUUCGGGGAGCUACAGGGGAGCUUCGGCGACCAGUUAUCAGGCUCGUCCCUCUUCCAACGGACGAGGAGAGUAUGCAGCGCCAUGCUUAG